UCAUGUGACCUGCUCGUUCACAACAAAGAUGGCGUCCUCGGUGGAGAAGAAGAAGUGGAGCUGCAGACUCUCUUCUCUCGUUUUUCUCUUUUCUCUUUUCAGUUCGUGUCAAAGUUUGUGGGGCGGAGAAACUUCGACAAGAAAAUUGUCGGUAGUGUUGAACCCCAGCGCACCCUCGCUGCCUCCUGGUGGCGACCUGCUGCACGUGAGAGCCUUGGGAGACAAUGACACACUGCAUUUCCUGUUCUGCAGCCAGGGGGCGCCGACGCUGCUGCUCGUCCACACCAACACUCCUUUUUCUACUCUCAAGGUGAACUGGACUCAGUUUGAGCAUCGUAACAUCAGCGGCAGCCUGAAGGUGGAGCCAGAGAGCAGCAUCCUGUACAGCACCGCCGUUGUCUUCAGCAGGCUGUUGGAAUACAACGACGUUAACGACACAGCCGUUCCGACCUCUGACUUUUUCCCUCCUUACGAGCUGCAGAACUUCACCUGGUCCCGUCUCAACCUGUCGGGUCCGAGCGCUCUGCUCUGUGGAUCCGCCGCAACCUUCACCAACGGAUCGCUGUGCCUGCAGCUGUCGGUGUUUGAUUCAGAGGGGCGUUACCAUUCCUUGCCCCGCCUCCUCCACACGUCUAACUCCUCCCAGUUGAGGGUGUGGCUUGAUGGUGUGUUGCCGCGGGCUACUCGUUCCAGGUUCCUAUUGGAGAUGCAGGCGGUGGGUGGGGCUUAUCCUCUGAGCCGAGUGGAGGUUCUUCGAUCGAUUGACGACGAGUUCACCCCGUCAAUAUUCAAGGUGUCUCAGUGGGUCUCCUCAAUGAACGGUAGCUCCGAUGUCCUGGGUUACCUUCAGUGGAAGCCGGUGGCGUAUCGUCAGUCCAACCCGGCUCUGGAGGACGCCACACCGUGCCAUCACUCUGACCCACGGCCUCAGAAUGGCGAAGUGGCGGCGGCAGCGUCCGGCCUAAUCCGAGCAUUCUACGCAGAACCAGAAAUAUUCGGACUCAAUGUGAGCUUCGGCUUCGCUGGAGAACCGUUCUACAACAGAACCAAAUUCUUAAGCUGGACAGUGUUGUUGGGCUCUGGCUCUCCUCCCGUCGACUCCUUCUCCCCGUUGGUUCUCGCCAUGAUGGCGGUCGGUCUGGGAACUCCCAUGAUCCUCCUGUUGCUGGGCGGAGUCUGCGUCUGCGUCCGUAAGAGGGCGGCGGCUUCAGCAACAGCCUACGAGUCAAUCAACUGACGGCUGGGUCGAGGCCAAUGAGACGGUUUUAAAUUUAGAUUUUUAAAGACUUGAUGAUUGUGUUGACGGACAGGUGACAUCGCAGCCCAGCCAGCCAAUCAGUGACAUCACAGUCCAGCCAGUCAAUCAGGACCCAUUUUUACUUUCUUUACCUGUUUCUGUUUUUUAAAGCAAAUGUAGAAAAUAAUUUUGACCUGAUUUAAAUAUUAUAAUUCUGAUAAUUUUAUUCUAAUUGUUAAAUGUGAUCAUCAGAUCUGAAGCCACGGAGGCGAUUAUUUAAAUAUCUAGUAAUCUAGUAAUAUAUAUAUAUAAGUAUGAAUCUGAUAUUAAAAAAAACUGCUCACUCUGUUUUUAACAAAACAAAUGGGAGGAAAUGGGGACUUUGUUGGGGACUAUUUUCAGUAGCGGAUGAAUCCAGAGUUGGUGUACUUGGGGUGAAAGCACAGUUAUGACCACUAGCAGCACUAUGGGGCAAUAUUUUAAACUAAUGGGUUAAUAUUUAGUUUUCUCACUCUAUACUACGAGUCGACACGUGGUGGCAGUGAAAAAGAAGAAGACGUUAAUCAAUUGCUCCUUUAACGUUUCAGAAACAGGAAGCUGGAAACGAAAUCAGGAAAUGAAUGAAUUCCGAGCUGCUGAUCGGCGUUUGAUUCUCACUUUAUUUUCUUAUUUUUAAAUCUUAAUCGACUGUUUGCCAUAUUUUAUAAUUAAUGUUUUAAGGAGUUUGUUCUAGCAGCUGAUUGAAAGUUUUACUUCAAUAAAAAUCUUUGUUGUUUUAGUGA